AUGCCCGAGCACAAACGAAUUGCAUUCUUGGAAGCUUUUGCGCAGUUACCACAGCGAGUACUUUGGAAGUGGGAGGUGGACAGCCUGCCUGGACAGCCGGAGAACGUCAUGAUAGCCAAGUGGCUGCCCCAGCAGGACGUCUUGGCACAUCCAAACAUUCGUCUGUUCAUUACCCAGGGAGGACUUCAGAGCAUGAAUGAAGCAAGUUAUUUUGCAGUACCCCUGAUAGGAAUUCCCUUUUUUGCGGACCAGCAACAGAAUGUGGCUAAGAUGGUACAAUCUGGUAUUGGUUACCAGCUGCUGUUCAGAGAUGUCACUACUGAUACCAUUCUGAAAGCCAUUCACACAGUUCUUGAAAACGACAGCCUAUGGUUAUCUGUCCUCUUUUACGACAGCUAUCGAGAAAACAUGAAGCGUUUCUCAGCAGUAUUCCGUGAGCACCAGGAGAGGUCCCUGGACAAUGCCGUCUGGUGGAUCGAGUACGUGAUACGUCACAAGGGUGCUCCGCACAUGCGCAGUGCAGCCCUCGACCUGAGCUGGUGGCAGCUGCUACUGCUCGACGUGAUUGGGUUCGUUGUUGCAAUGGCGUCCAUCGUGGUCUACGUGCUGUUCAAGGCAGCGACCUAUUGCAAAAGACUUUUGGCUCUUAAUCUGAAGCAGAAGACUGCGUGA